CAGAGAGGCUUCCGUGUCUUUUGUUUUCUUCUUUCGCCUCAGGCACUGCACAGGGAUUAUGUUUUUAUUUUGGCAGAGUGUGUGAAAAUUCAUUUUUGACACCAUGGAAAAUGUCCAGACUAUCCUACGCUUCUUUACAAACCAGAAGAACACCAUUGGCUAUAGCUUAAUGGCCCUCCUGACUGUUGGAGGAGAGAGGAUCUUCUCUAUGUUCUCCUUCCAAUGUCCCUGUAACUACGAACAGAACUUUGCGUAUGGACUGCUCUUUCUGCUCGGCCCAGGUCUGGUUCUCCUAGUCUUGGGUCUGCUUUUCAGCACCAAACUGUGGCGUCUCUACACCGGAUGCUGCCUCAACCCCAGAAAGCUGUGUCCUAGGGGUAACUGUUUCAACUGCCUCAGAGUGCUUUCUAGUAUUUUCUCUGGUGCCUGUGUGGCUCCUAUUAUGUGGUUGUGUGUGGCACUGUUGAACGGGACCUUCUAUGAAUGUGCAGUCAGUGGAUUGGAAGAUACAUUUGUGGUGGAUAUGUUCUGUAAGAACAAAACCCUUAAGUGUACGGAGGAGCUGGCCCGUGUGCCCUGUGGCAAAUCCAACCUGCCCGGUGAUGACAGUCAGGAGCUGUUGCUUAUGUUACGAUCCCAGUCACAGAUGCUUGGCUGGUGUAUCAUCAUAAUUUCAGCCUUAAUUGGGCUCUUCGGGACCUGCUACACAAACUGUCGCUCGCAGGUCAGCUAUAUGCAGCUCACCUUCUGGAAGCGCUACAUUGAAAAGGAGAAUGAACAGUUUGACACCUAUGUUCUGGAUUAUGCCUCCAGGCUGGCUGAAAGGAACCUCAAAAGCUUCUUUGAGAACUGUAAACCCGAGAAAUUCCCAUUCCCAAACCAUAGGGCCUGGGAGGAGAUCUCUGAACUGUACACUUUCACUAAUAGUGAGCAGUACUACAGCACCCUGCAAAGGUAUGUGGAACGUGAUGGCCGAGACUACAGCCCUGAGGAAAAACUAGUCGUGAUGGAUGUGGAGCAGCCACAGACAAGAGCUUAGAGGGGGGACAAUAAUGGCUGGGAUAUUUUUACAUAGAAGGAUACAGACUUAUUUUAAUGAAUGCUGCACUGGAUAUCGUAUGCCCCUUUCUAUUUCUACCUGUCAAUUUGACUUUUAAGACAUGGGAGUAUGUAGAGAAUAGAACUCAGAUGUGGGAAAACAUACUUAUUUACCAUGAUUUUGGAGGCCUUUCAUUCAUAUAAUUAGUAGAUAGCCCUCUACUAUUAUAUUGCUAUAUUGAAUAUUGGAAUAUUAAAUUCAAUGAACGAAAUGUGUCCUUAAAAAUUUAACUAAAAUUAACACUACAUCUAAUUUUGAAGAGAAGCAUCAUACA